AUGAAUCUACAACGUGAAGCUUUGGAUUUUCUCAAUGCCUUUGAUGUACCAGCUCAGUACAAUACUGCCUUUGAGGAGACUCACGAUAUGGUUAUGAAGAUUUUGAGAGCAAAUGUGCGCAAGAUUUGUGAGUCGACACAGGAAAAUCUCAAUUGGCUAAUGCAACAACAGAGCUUCGGUGAUAUGAUUGACAUCAUUGAAGUCAGCAUGGACAAGAAUUUCGCAGCAUCUCUGAGGCAUGUCUGGGCGGCUAUCAAAGACAUAGCUGUGAUUUAUGGCACAUAUGCUUCACUGGUCUGUUUCACCAUCGACAUAAACAGCAUAGAUGAGCCCAUGACGACACCUGAUGUUUCUUUAAUGCGGAAAGCUCUGAAUGACAAAUUGGCUGAGCAGCGGGCUUCAGAUGAAGCAGAUGUCCUGAGGAUGAUCCAAAAUAUCCCAGAAGAAGAAGAUGGAGAUGAUGCUUUGAAUUUGCUUCUGUCCAAUGAAAUUAUCGAAGGUGAACAUUCAGAAUCUGAUAACGACCAAGAAAUGCUGCAAGCGAAAGACAGUGAUAUGUACUGCAUUCCCUUGUUGGAAAGCUCCAAGAUGCCAUGGCAGAAGUGGCGGAACCAGGGCAAGGGUCAGCAAUGGAGCGACUGGGAGAAACCCUCGAAGAAGGGAAAAGACAAAGAAGAGAAAGGUGGCAAGCAGCCCAUCUUGUAUGGCUGGGACGGCAAGAAGAUCGAGGUAAAGCGAGAUGGAGGUGCAAAGCCGGGCUCAUCCUCGGGAUCCUCGCAUUCGGAAGCUGCCUUGCGGGAAGAGAACCGCAAAAUCAAGGAGGUUGUGAGGAAUCUCCUUGGGAGCGAGACGCAGUCAGAGGCGGAUAUCCAGGCUUUGAGGGACUUUGCCAAGGUGGAUCCACGAGAGGAUUUGAAGGAAAGGCAACGCCUCCUCAAUUCGGAGAGGCGCUCCCUGAACAAGACGGCCAAGAUCAGGGAGGUCAUCGACGAGCAAGAGGCCAACUUUCAGAGCUGGCAGGAGACAUACAAGGCUGGACUCGAGCAAGAAGAGAAGCGAUACCAGGCAAAGAUGGCCGAGCUCCGAGAGGAGUUGAAGGCAGCGGAAAAGGGGGAGAUGGAGGAUCCAGUGCCUGGGAGUAUGGACGAUGGGCAAGAAAGUGCGCAGGACCUGCCGGUAUAUGUGCAGCAGGAACUGGCCGAUUUGCGAGGCCAAAUGCGACAGUUCAUGAGCUAUGCCCAGAUGAUGGAGAAGAAGAAUGCUGCCUUGACAGACCAAGUGACCAUGUUGGUCACAACGCUUCAGAGCAGAGAGCAGCAGAUCUCUUCGGAUUUCUCGCCACAACACCCGGUUCGACGCUCAGGCAAUGGAAAUGCCUUGUGGGUUCCUUCGAAAGAAGAGGAUGCGACAUCCGUGGAGAAGAGGGAGAGGUCGCGAUCGCCCACAAGGAAGAUAGCCAAGCUCGAGCACAAGUUGGAUCCAGUGGAGUUCAAAUUGCAGCUGGAGAAGAUCUCAGAGGGUUCUCAGGUGGAGGUCUUGAAUGCUGUCCAUGGAGACCCGGUCCAAUAUGCCACGAUGGAGGCGGUGCUGCCUUUGAUCCAGAAGGCAAUGGAAGCAGAGGCCAAGAAGGGUUUGAAUGCCCCUCAUGCUCUCCCCGAAGUGGGCAGUUCAGCGCUUGUGCCCUUCGGAAAGAAGACAAAGCCUGGCGCAGCAGAGAGGCAGAAUGUCAGCCCAUAUGGCAGAGUUCGCACCAAGGAGAAGGAUGGAUCUUGUGUCUUGGAAGGAUUGGAUUCCUAA